AUGGGUGAAGAUAAGGCCAAAGUAAGUGACGACUCUAUUAUGGCGAUUCAUAAUUCUUCUAUUGCUAAAACUGCAGGAAACAAUGAGGUUGCAGUUUCUGAGGGGAACAGCAGGUUAUCACAGGUGGAUGAAUCCAGUCCUCAGGUUUAUAAUGAUUCUGCCGACACACAAGAAACUGUAAACCAAGCUAAUCUGUACAAGGAGACAAGACUACUGCGAGACACCCUAGAUUUAUUGUGGAAUCAAACUCUAGAACAGAGAAAUAUGUGCGAACAAUUAGAAAAGGAGAACGCCUACUUGCAGGAAUACAUAAGCAAUUUGAUGACUUCAAGUAAUGUACUGGAUAAAUGA